UGAGGUCGGUCGUUCUGCGCCCUUUCAAAAGUUUCGUUUCCAGGAGCGGCGGCUCGCUACAGAGCAGGAGGCAGGCGGUGCGGCUCGCUCCGCUCUUCCGCAAUAAAAAAACAACAACAACACGUACGAGUCCAGAGUUCAACAUUUCCUGCCGGACAACGCCACAAAACGGCGGUCCUCGGAGGAGAAGCGGCGAGCGACGGUGCAGCGGACGAGGAGGAAGCUGGUUCUGCCGCUGCUGUGAUGGUGCUGGUGGUGGAGGACAUGGACAUCAGUGCGCCCGGUGGAAACCCCGAAGACAAAACCGAAACUAAACGAAAAACACACACUCACACACACAGACGCAGCUUAUCUCAAAGGCAGAGGCAGGGCGGAUACUUCAGUCUGGGUACAUAGGUCAUGAUGUGGUUGUAAUAACCUCGUAAUAUUCUUAGGCGUGUUAUAAACGCAACAAAAAUGCGUCUGCGUGCUCACACAUCAUGUGAAAAUUAGUCUUCAUGCGUUAAAACUUCACCAAAUGUUCCUUUAAUGAUAGUUUAUCAGGUUUACUGCGUUUAUCUAAACAGAAAUAAUUAUUAUAGCUCAUAAACACAUCUGGCAAAGUUGUAAAAGUGUGGAUUAACAGCUUAAAAUACAUUUUAAAAGAGGUUUUAUUGACUUUUUGUCAAACAGGAGAUAAAGGGGAUUUCCACUGACGUCAGAAGCGGGGUUUUUCUGUCUUUUUAUAAGUCUGCUGGUUGACUCAAGGACACACAGGCUCACACUGCACAGGAGACUGGGGCUGUCUCUAACACUUCAUAUCUCUCAGCACAGUACAGGUAUAUUUAUUCAAAUUAACGCUUUUUUUUUUCUUCUGUUCACAAAAUGGUUUCAAAGUCUCCCUGGUCCCGGGUGCAGAGACAAUGAGGAGAUUGUGUCGCAGACAGGAAGAGGAUUGUUACCUCCUACACUACAUCCUGUGUUACUUUGUUAGAGCGUUGUAGUCAUCGGCCUCGACCGCCUCUCAGCUUCCAAAGGUCUUAAACAACUACCCAAGACCUGUAAACAGACUUUGUGAAUAUGGCAUUGUCCAGCUGUCCAGCACCAGUGUUGAUUGGAGACUCCAGCCUCAAGGGCUGGAAGGUGAUUGGCUCCGGGGGGUUUGGACAAAUCUACAAAGCCAGGCAUCAUAAGUGGUGCUGUGAUGUGGCCAUUAAGCUGCUUCAUUACGAUGAUGGGAGAAGUUCAUCUUUGCUGCGAGAGGUCGACAUGAUGCGUGUAGGAAGCAGCCCGUAUGUCAUUCAUGUGCUCGGGGUUUUCAAGGGUCGACUGCCGAACUCUGGACCUUCAGCACAGCUCGGCCUGGUCAUGGAGUUCAUGGAGAGAGGAUCACUGGCCUCCCUACAGGAAACCUUAUGUGGAGCUCCACCGUGGCCGCUGGUCUUCAGACUGGCUCACCAGGUGGCUCUGGGUAUAAACUUCCUCCACAGCCUCUCCCCUGCCCUGCUCCACCUGGACCUGAAGCCCAGCAACGUGCUGCUGGACUCCUCUCUGAAUGCUAAGCUCACAGACUUUGGCCUCGCCAAGUUUUACCACAGCGUCACCCGAGUUUCCAAGAAGGACAAUGAGGAGGAAGGAGGGACCAUCAGCUACAUGCCCCCAGAGGCUUUUGACAUAUCGUACAGCCCUACACGAGCCUCUGACAUCUACAGCUAUGGUAUACUCCUGUGGUCCAUUGUCACAGGGCAACAACCAUAUCCACAUGCAAUGUCCAGCAUAGUGCGGCUUCGCAUCCCCCAGGGAGACCGUCCAUCAAUGGACACGAUAAUGUGUCUGGCUGCAGGACGUGCAGGGUUGACGGGACUGAUGGAGCUCAUGAAGAAAUGCUGGGAGGCAAAACCCACCCAAAGACCCUCUUCGUUUGAUUGUACAACUGUUACAGAAGAACUGUAUAAGAUGCACAAACAUGCAAUUCUUGAUGCUGUCCAUCAAGUACUGAAGAGACUCGAACAAAGGGAAGAAGAAAGACUAACAGAGCAGGUUCAGGGGGUUCACAUCACUCAGCCUUCAGCUGAGAAGAUUUGCGAUAACGUGCCGACGGGACGCCUGCCAGUUCAGGAAAUGGCUGGUGGAUGGACUGCAAAUCAAGAAGACAGAGCAGCGAGAGGCAAAGACAUGCCUACACCUCUACAAGAAAACAUCUGCCAUGUUGACAAGGCCCGCUCAUCAACAGACUACAAUAAAGUGUCCUCUGUUCAUCCCAUUGGCGCAUCACCACCGCGUCCUCCGACUAAGAGGUCACCUCAAAGCAGGAAAGCAGAGAAUCCCCAGGUGGCUUUUCAACAACACCUCUUUCCACAGUACCAGCGUCAGUUUUCCAGCCCCGACACUUUCCCCUGCAAAUCUCCUUGUGCACGUCACGUCUACAUUCAGCUCAGCAAUGUAACUGGAUUUCAGAAUGGCAACAACAACACCAUGCACAUCUACGGCGCAGAUCUCUCAGAGAGGAGACGGCACCCAACGGCACCAUCUAGUGUCAACCUCCCACCGCCACAUCCAGGAAACUGGAAGGACAAGACGGGAGGAGCUGGAUGAGUUCACAUGGGGCCUUGUCUGGUUUUCUUUUACAGGUCAGAAUUUGGUUUGUCCUGUAUUACAGAACAGGAAGGUCAUGUUUUGAAAGAAGGAGGUAUUUUUUUUAUUUUUUUUUAAAAUCUUUUAUGUAUUUGCUUUUCAAAUCUGAGCAGGAUUCAGAUGAGCUUUUAGUCGCAUGCAGGCUUUUCUAAAUAUAUUUUUGUAAUUUUUUAAGUUAUUUAUUCUGCGUCUUACUUGAUAACAUUUGUACACCAAAACCUCAAAUCUCCCUUUUGCCCCGUCAGCAGCUAAAAUAUGAGCCAAGUUGGAUCAUAUGGCCAAAAAAUAUCCACAGUGCCAGCUCACCAUCAGGUGCCAAAAAUCACCUUAACAACAGAUUGACUAUUAGUUAAAACAGAUUGCUGCAUAAUCUGUUCUCAAAUAGUUUUUUGUUUUGUUUUGUUUUUUAGCCUAAGUGCCAGAUGUGAAUACUUUGUGCAGUUUCCAGUAUAUAUAUAUAUAUAUAUAUAUAUGUAUGCGUUUUUGGAAAGUGAAAAGUUUUUUUCAUUUGAUUUCUUUUGUAAAAUAUUCAGACCAAGGGAACAUCAUUGUAAUUUUUUUAUAAACUAAAUGACUUAUAAAUGUGUGUUUUGUAAUGAUGUUUCUAAGAAUGUUAGGUUGAAUUUUAUCAGAAGUGUGCACAAAACAUCCGGUACUUUAAAUGUUUUGUGCCAUUAAAAGUUAACAUUUUGGAUUUGAAUACUUCAAUCAGUAGAGGCAUGAUGUAGCUUCAAUGAAGUCUGCAGUAUACAAAAAAAAGCUUUAUCAUAAAGGAUAAGUCUGGUGAUUUUCUCUAUUUUUCCCAUUUACAACAACUAUGAAUUGAUCCAAUUAAAAAGUGUUGUUAGUUUGUAGAAAAAUACAUAAUAUCACCAGACUUGUCCUUUAACUCUGAAGGUACUUCAGUGGAAAUAAAAUGGACGCAUUAUAGAACCUGAUGAUUGUUGUAGUUAUAGAAAAGUACAGUUGAUAACUUAAUAAAUUCUACAUUUGCUAUAUUACACUUUUUUUAUUUUGAGUUUUGGUCCACUUGUAGAUUCAAACUGUCUUUUCAAACACAAUCAAAAUCAGAGUUCUCGACUUGUUUAAAAGAGGGGACAGCACUUUUAAAACCACAUUUUUUUACAGAGUUUAAUUUAAAUUUAGAAAUGAAUCAGCGAUUGUUUUGAUGUCUCAUUUUGUAAAGCAUAAGUGGAAAUAAAGUCUUUGGUUCUAGCCUCUAAAA